UGAGGCGGUGCUUGACAGGAGGGAUCGUCUCACUUAGUCUCAGCUCCGCACUAGUUCCCUGCUUCCACUUCCCCGGCCUGUCUGAAGCCUCCGUUUCAAGUUAACGGCCACUUCGGUUCGCGUCUGAAGCCCGGAUUUGGACCUGUUAUUGUGCCGCACCGCGACGAUUUAAGCAAAGACUAACAACGGAGCGGCGAAAGGCAGGCAGUUAGCGCAACAUGUCCACCCCCACAAACCCAGAGGUGAAGGAACUGAACCCUGUCGACUUCAUCCAGCUACAGCAGUACAUUGAAUACUGCAGCUUGAAGGUGAAAGACGUGCUGAGGGAAUUCGACGCAGAUGGCAGUUUGGCCCGGCACAGACACGGAGAGUGCAUCAAUGAAGAAGGUUUUCGUCUGUUCCUGAAGACUUAUUUAGAAGUGGAGGACUUCCCAGUGGACCUCUGCCAGCGACUCUUCCGCUCCUUCCAAAACUCUGAACCCACCCAGGAAGACAGUGCCAAGCAGGUCUUUCUGAAGGAUGUUUCAUGUUACUUCUCUCUGCUGGAGGACGGCCAGCCCAGGGACAAGCUGGAGUUUGCAUUCAAGCUCUAUGACCGAGAUGGCAAUGGAGUCCUUGACAGCUCUGAAGUGGAUAGGAUUAUUGCUCAGAUGAUGCAUGCUGCAGAAUACCUCAGCUGGGAUGUGUCAGAGCUGAAGCCGGUUCUCAGGGACAUGAUGACAGCAAUCGAUGCUGACAGCAGUGGCACGGUGUCUCUGGAGGAGUGGGUGGAGGGCGGCAUGAACAAUGUUCCCUUGCUGGUCUUGCUGGGUUUGAAGAUGACCCAGACGGACGGGCAGCACCUGUGGAGGAUGAAACACUUCAACAAGCCAGUGUACUGCAACGUGUGCCAGAGCGUGCUGCUGGGGCUGAGGAAACAAGGGCUGUGCUGCACCUGCUGCAAAUACACAGUCCACGGACGCUGUGCUAACAGGAACCCAGCUCCCUGCACCAGGACGUAUGUGAAGUCAAAGAAAGAGACAGGGGUUCCAGCGCACGACUGGGUGAGUGGGAACUGCGACGCCAAAAAGUGUGAUAAAUGCCAGAAGAAGAUCAAGAGCUACCAAGGCUUAACGGGCAAACACUGUGUGUGGUGCCACACAAUGCGUCACGAUGAAUGUGCAGACCAAGAGCCAACAGAGUGCACCUGUGGGCCACUCGGAGACCAUAUCCUGCCUCCAUGGGCAAUAUAUCCUGUUGUAAAGGAGAGACUGAACACUCUGAAGAAUGGUUGUUCUUCAGAUGAGAGUGAGCUCAAUACUACUCCUGAUGGACAAGUGCUUCAGAUCAGCCCUGUGCCAAACACCCAUCCUCUGCUUGUGUUUGUUAACCCUAAGAGCGGUGGCAAGCAGGGAGAAAGAGUCCUGCGUAAAUUUCAGUAUUUACUGAAUCCACGGCAGGUGUACAACCUUUCGAAUGGCGGACCUGGGCCAGGACUGAGUUUCUUCAGAAAUCUGCAGGAUUACAGGAUCUUGGUGUGCGGGGGAGACGGCACAGUUGGCUGGAUUCUAGACGCGAUAGACAAAGCCAAUCUGCUGGUGCGGCCACCUGUUGCUGUGCUUCCUCUGGGCACAGGAAAUGACCUUGCACGUUGUCUGCGAUGGGGAGGAGGGUAUGAUGGAGAAGAUUUGAAUCGUAUUCUUAAAGACAUUGAGGGGAGCUCUCAGCUGCUGAUGGACCGCUGGAGUGUGCAGGUCAUCACAGAUGAGAAUGAGGAGAAGGGCGACCCGGUGCCAUAUGAAAUCAUCAACAACUACUUCUCUAUUGGAGUUGAUGCCUCCAUUGCUCACCGAUUUCACACAAUGAGGGAGAAACAUCCCCAGAAAUUCAAUAGCAGAAUGAAGAACAAGCUGUGGUACUUUGAAUUUGCCACUUCAGAAACCAUCUCCGCUUCCUGCAAGAAACUCAACGAAAGUCUAGCAAUUGAGUGCUGUGGCACUCCACUGGACCUCAGUGGCCUCUCUUUGGAGGGAGUUGCUGUCCUGAACAUUCCCAGCAUGCAUGGUGGCUCCAACCUAUGGGGUGAGACCAAAAAAGGGGACACUAAGGGACUGAUGAGUCAGGAAGAGCCAGGGGUGAUUGUUGACCCAGAAAUCCUGAAAGUGUCUUCCCAAGAUCUCAGCGACUGUCGACUGGAGGUGGUCGGCCUUGAAGGUGCCAUGGAGAUGGGACAGAUAUACACAGGCCUCAAGAGCGCCGUGAGGCUCGCCAAGACAUCGCAGCUCACCAUCAGGACAAAAAAAGCAUUACCAAUGCAGAUAGAUGGAGAGCCGUGGAUGCAGCCUCCCUGCACGAUUCACAUCACACACAAGAAUCAAGCCUGUAUGCUGAUGGCUCCUCAGGCCAAGUCAACUGGUUUUUUCAACUACAAAUAAAACUGACUGCCUACACGCAUGUGUUCAUUGUAUAUAAAGGACUGACACUUUUUAUAUAAAACCAGUGUGAAUGUGUAUUUUGUAGACUGGUCACAUCGUAACAGGCUAAAGUAAGGAUAGCUGCUUCACAGGUUCUGUGUCUCUGUAACACAUAAUCAAAGCAUGUCACUGUAUGAAUACAAACUGUAUGAUAGGAUAUGUUUGCAUUGUGGCAACAUUUGACCAAACUUACUCAGUGGUCUUAUCAGUACUCAAGACUCUGGCUGCCUGUGUCUCAGUGCUUCACAGCUAGUGGUGUGCUGCUCUGUAGGAACUUAAAGUAAGGUUAAAGUACAGCAAAUAUCAAACUCAAAGGAAAAUAUUCAGCUUCACGUGCCUUUACAACCUGUUCUCUAUGGUCAUGGCUUAGGUAGAAGACAUACAGAGCGCUGCUGUGUAGGCGUGCACUUUGGACGUAGACUGUAGUAUUGCUGUUUAGUUGUGGCUGCUAAGAUGCUGUGAAAGCCAAAUAUAUAUUUUUGUGAAUUUGGAACCAAGAGUGAAGGACAGAUGAGAAGUAAUAAGAAAUCUAACUUUUUUUCCAUACAUUUCAGAAGCUACUUGAAAGUGUUUGGGGAACAGUAACGGGACAAUCAUUUCCAAAGGAGCUGCAUCCGCUGCAGCAGUCUGUCUACUGUUCCUCUGUGUGAGUGUGUGUGUAUUUGUGUGUGUGUGUGUGGACGCAUGUGCAUGUUCACCUCUAACUUAACAAUUA